CUUGGGGUCUCAGAAGGCAGCGCUCUCAGGGCACCUCCACCAUGGCCUGGGCUCUGCUCCUCCUCAGCCUCCUCUCUCAGGGCACAGGGUCCUGGGCCCAGGCUCCCCUCACUCAGCCUCCCUCAGUGUCUGGGACUCCUGGGUCUUCAGUCACCAUCUCCUGUGCUGGAAGUAGCAAUGACAUUGGGUAUUAUAAUGAUGUCUCCUGGUACCAACAUCGCCCGGGCACGGCCCCUAAACUCCUGAUUUAUGGUGUCAGCUAUCGGCCCUCGGGGAUCCCUGAGCGCUUCUCUGGCUCCAAGUCUGGCAACACGGCCACCCUGACCAUCGCUGGGCUGCAGGCCGAGGACGAGGCCGAUUAUUACUGUUGCUCAUAUACAACCAGUAGCACUCUCCACAGUGGUGCAGGUUCAUGGGGAAGUGAGACCAAAACCCGCCCCAGGCUCCCAGGUGCCCUCCUUGCUCUGAAGAUGCUCCCCUCCCUGGGCAGUGCGAUAGGCGGCCUGGCCUGGAGGAUUCGUCCUCUACCCCUUCCUCCCGCCUCUCCCAGAGCCUGGAGAGCCAGCGUGUUUUUUCAACUCUUCUCCCCUCCCCCACGAAAUCCGCAGGAUCCUGCUCUCGGCUCCGGGGCCGACCGCUACUUAACCAUCUCCAACCUCCAGUCUGAGGACGAGGGAGACUAUUACUGUGGAGUGGGCUAUAUCAUUGGUGGCCAAUACGGGUUCCACAGUGACACAGACAAAGGGGAA